AUGGCCAAGUUCCAAACAAAGCUCUUAUUUAUCUCUUUAUUCAUCGUCGUCAACCUCAUUUCGUUCGCCGCCGGAGAUGGAUCAGAAACCGCCACCCUGCCGCCGGCCUGCAUCACAGGAACCGCCGGAAAAUGCAGGAACAAGCCGGAGGCGCUGAAGCUGAAACUCAUCGCCAUUGCUUCGAUUCUGGUGACGAGUACGAUCGGAGUUUGUCUGCCACUUUUUUCACGAGCGGUGCCAUCUCUGCAGCCGGACAGAGAUCUGUUCGUGCUGGUUAAGGCGUUCGCGUCGGGAGUUAUUUUAGCGACGGGAUACAUGCACGUGCUGCCGGAUUCUUUCGACAGCCUGACGUCGGAAUGUCUGCCGGAGUACCCAUGGAAGAAGUUUCCGUUCACCACCUUCGUGGCCAUGCUCUCCGCCGUGCUCACUCUCAUGGUCGACUCCUACGCCAUGAGUUUUUACCGGAAGAAUAACACUACGAAAUCCCCCGCCGCCGCCGGCGGUACUAAUGAAAACGCCGUUAACAAUAACGGUGGGAAGUUGGAAUCGCAGGAUCACGACCACACACAUGGGUUUCACGGAACCGUUAACCUUAACGAUAAUGCUCCACAGUUGCUUCGUUACCGCAUCGUCGCACAGGUAUUAGAGCUCGGAAUAGUGGUGCAUUCAGUUGUAAUAGGUUUAUCAAUGGGGGCUUCAGACAACACAUGUACAAUUAGGCCGUUGGUCGCCGCCCUUUGCUUCCAUCAGCUCUUUGAAGGGAUGGGUCUAGGUGGCUGCAUUUUACAGGCGGAAUACGGAAUGAGAAUAAAAACGAUAAUGGUGUUCUUUUUCUCGUCGACGACGCCGUUUGGGAUAGCAUUAGGGAUAGGUUUAUCGAAUGUGUACUCCGAAAACAGUCCGACGGCGCUGAUAGUGGUGGGGAUGCUAAAUGCAUGCUCCGCCGGAUUGUUGAACUACAUGGCGCUGGUGGAUUUAUUGGCGGCGGAUUUCAUGGGAGCCAAGUUGCAGCAGAGUUUUAAGCUUCACACAUUUGCUUAUUUUGCUGUUUUAUUAGGCGCCGGCGGAAUGUCUCUUAUGGCUGUUUGGGCUUAAAUCUCGCCCAUUUUAUUAUUUAUUUUAUUUUUUUAAAUAUUUGUAGAAACCCAAUUUUAUUUGGACUCGCUGGUUUCAGCCCAUUUUUUAUUUUUUAGAUUAAAUUUAAAUAAUACUUUAUAAAAAAAAAAGAUUAAGUUUAAAUAAGAGAUGAUGAUUGAUAAUUGGUAAUUGAUAAUGACAUUUUUUUAGACACAAUAAUUGAUGAUGGCAUAAUGCAAUUAUAUGUGCAGAUGUGUAUAAAUUUCCCUCCUAUUAUUUUCAAAUUCUUACCUA